GCUCAACCAAACCAAACGCUUCCUAAUUUUUCACUCUCCCUCUUGUAUUUAUGUAUAGCAUCCUCCCAGAACCUGCGUCAUUAUCGUAACUUAACACACAGAUCUCAAAUCGAAGAAGAAGAAGAAGAAGAACUCAUAUCAUCAUGCCGAAGGGAGAGGAAGCAGUGAAGGUUCUGGGUGUAUGGGCGAGUCCGUUUGUGAUGAGGGCUCGCAUUGCUCUGAAUAUGAAGUCAGUCAAGUAUGAGUUCCUUCAAGAGAAUCUGGGAUCCAAGAGCCAGCUUCUGCUUCAGUCCAAUCCUGUUCACAAGAAAGUCCCUGUUCUGAUCCAUGAACAUAAGCCUGUAUGCGAGUCUCUCAUUAUUGUUGAGUACGUCGACCAAGUCUUCUCUUCUGGUCCUUCUAUUCUUCCUUCUGAUCCCUACGAUCGCGCCAUUGCUCGUUUCUGGGCUGCCUAUCUCGACGACAAGUGGUACCCCACCCUCAAAGCCAUGGCUGGAGCAAAAGGGGAGAAAGAGAUAAAGGUUGUGAUACAGCAGGUGGAAGAAGGGUUGGCGUUGCUGGAGGAUGCAUACAACAAGAUCAGCAAAGGCAAGCCCUUCUUCGCCGGCGACCGUAUCGGAUACCUCGAUAUUGCAUUUGGCUGCUUCUUGGGGUGGACGAGGGUGACGGAGACGGUCACGGGCACCGCGUUGAUCGACGAGUUCAAGACGCCGGGGCUGGCCAAAUGGGCUGAAAAGUUUUGUGAAGAUGAUGCUGUGAAACCUGUUAUGCCCGAGACGAAGAAGCUUGUUGAGUUCUUCCAUGUUAUUCGUGCAAAAUUUGGCGGUUCUGCUUGAAUAUUAUAUAUGAUUCCUAGUAUUUUCUUGAGAGUAAUGUCGGAAAUAUUGAAAAUAGCGUAUGAGAACAAUUACAAUUUCAGAUAUUUGAGUUAGCUUGAUG